CCCCCCAUUCUCUGUCUGGCGGGAGAAGACGAGAAGGAUGGCGGUGGCCAGGCCGCCGCCCCUGCCCGUUGUUACGGGGGUACUCGCGGUGGUCUCCUUCAUUGUCAGGGACCCCCAGAAGCGCCGCGCUUUGUCGCAUUUCUUGAGGCUUAAAGUUCUAAAAGCAGUUUAAAAAUCAUGUCAAGCUCAGUUGAACAGAAAAAAGGGUCUACAAGACAGCGCAAAUGUGGCUUUUGUAAGUCAAAUAGAGACAAGGAGUGUGGACAGUUACUAAUAUCUGAAAACCAGAAGGUGGCAGCACACCAUAAAUGCAUGCUCUUUUCAUCUGCUUUGGUGUCGUCACAUUCCGAUAAUGAGAGUCUUGGUGGAUUUUCUAUUGAAGAUGUCCAAAAGGAAAUUAAAAGGGGAACAAAGCUGAUGUGUUCUUUGUGCCAUUGUCCUGGAGCAACAAUUGGCUGUGAUGUGAAAACCUGCCACAGGACAUACCACUACCACUGUGCAUUGCAUGAUAAAGCUCAGAUCCGAGAGAAACCUUCACAAGGCAUUUACAUGGUUUAUUGUCGAAAACACAAGAAAACGGCACAUAACUCUGAAGCUGAUUUAGAAGAAAGUUUUAAUGAGCAUGAACUGGAGCCCUCAUCUCCAAAGACUAAGAAGAAAAGUCGCAAAGGAAGACCAAGGAAAACUAAUUUUAAAGGGCUGACAGAAGACACCCGAUCCACAUCUUCCCAUGGAACAGACGAAAUUGAAAGUAGUUCCUACCGGGAUAGAUCUCCACACAGGAGCAGUCCUAAUGACACCAGGCCUAAAUGUGGAUUUUGCCAUGUAGGGGAGGAAGAAAAUGAAGCAAGAGGGAAAUUGCAUAUAUUUAAUGCCAAGAAGGCAGCUGCGCACUAUAAAUGCAUGUUGUUUUCUUCUGGCACUGUCCAGCUCACAACAACAUCAAGAGCAGAAUUUGGAGAUUUUGAUAUUAAAACUGUACUUCAGGAGAUUAAACGAGGAAAAAGGAUGAAAUGCACGCUUUGCAGUCAGCCUGGUGCUACUAUUGGAUGCGAAAUAAAAGCCUGUGUUAAAACCUACCAUUACCACUGUGGAGUACAAGACAAAGCAAAAUACAUUGAAAAUAUGUCACGAGGAAUUUACAAACUAUAUUGUAAAAACCAUAGUGGAAAUGAUGAGCGAGAUGAAGAAGAUGAGGAGCGAGAGAGUAAAAGCCGGGGAAGAUUAGCGAUUGAUCAGCAACUAACCCAGCAGCAGCUUAAUGGAAACUAGGUAUGGAAGUGGAUUUGACGAGCUCUCUUGUGAGAAUACCAUGUACACUGAAACAGAAAGACAAUGUGCAGCAAGAAUUUUAAUCCUAUUGUAUUGAGUUACGAGUGUAGUGCCAGAAUGCUGAGGAUUGUCUAGGCCUGUACAAUUGUGUUUUUUUUUAAGCUGGUCAGUUUUAGAAGCAUAAACACAAGCUAUCUACUUUAUCAGUAAAUAUAGUCAGAAUGUGAAAUCAAUAAGCUAUCCCUAUUUAUCCCUCAAUAAUGUUAUAUUCGUUAUAUCACCUUAAGCAUCAUAUUUUACAUGUUUUAUCAUCUUUUAAACAGGUUCCUGGGACAGAGAAAGUUAGAAAACUGAGAAUAAGACAUCUGUAACUCCUAUGCUUUUUUGGUUUUCACUCUUUUCUAAAUUUAAAAAAGGGUUUGUAACUUUUUACUGCCCCACUCUUAGAUCCUUUAUUGAACUGCCUCUCUAGAUGGCCAAAUUUGCCAUAUUGAUAUUAUGUAGCUGUAGUUUGCAGUUUCUGGAAAGCAAUCGAAACACUAUUAACCAUGUGUAUACUGUCAGCAGUUAAAACAGACAUUGGAUGAAGUAAACUGUAUUUCUGGACUGAACAAAGUUCUGCUAUUUAGGAUGUUUAAGUUUGUAGUGGAUCCAUGCUCAAAGGAAGCCGGAAGCAAGUUGUACUUCACCAUGCAAGCACGCCUCUGGUGGCGACACCUGGUAACUUGUGAACCUUUUUUGUCAUACUCAAGCAAUGGAAACUACAAAUGAAAAGAACCUUCUUUUUAUCUUGGCUUCCACAGCAAAUGUUAAACGUUUCUUCCAAGAAGUGUGCUGAAGCCUUCCUAUGGUCCUUUUUAGAGCCGUUCUCACUGAUCAGGCAUGGACUCUGGGCAACUGGGGAUGAUAAGCUCUGAGCUCUAGCGCAUCUUCCAAAAUUCUCUUGUCAGUACACCUUUCUGUGCUGUACAGAGAACUUCUGGCAAAAUAAUCUUUGACAGUAGCCAAUUAAACCUCUGUGAGAUUAAAGAGGUUACCAACGCGCUAAGGACUUUGGACACCAUGUCCAAAAUGAGUUCCUGUCAAGUGCCCUGUUGUGUGGAACACUUCACAUCCUGGUCCAAAGUAUAUCAGGAGGUCUCCUGUGCUAACAGAUUAUAAAGAAAAAGAAAAAAGGCUUUGAGGAAAACAGUAUUUAUUUUUGAUUUUGUGACCACUAUUUUAGAAACUUUAUUUAAUGCUUUCAGUCAUUGGUUUGCUUACAUAUUGAAUAGGCUUUUGUGCCCUGCUUUCUUCUAGGGCUCGGAAGUGUUUCUUAAUCACCAGGUUUUUAGAAAGGAUUUCCACUGGCGUCUCUCGCUAGUGGCGCUCUUCCACUUACCUGCUGAAGCACAUUUAUAUAUUUCUUUAUGGCAAAACCAAAAAAAAAAUAGUUGUGAUCUGCCUAAUAUUACCAUAGCACCUCAGUAUGAAAGGUAGGGAUUCUGAGCUCUGAAUUAUUAGUUAACCUACCACAAUGACCAGAUUUGCAAAUAACAACAUACUAACUUGACUGUACAUUGAUCUUUUCUGCAGCUGGUUGAACAGCAUUUUUAAAUGUAACAGGUGGAAAAUUACACUGUGCUUAUUGACUGAAUUUUUAAACUGCUAGUCCCUUAAGAUCAUGUUUGUUAAAGUGUGUACUUACACAUUUACUUAAAUCAAGGGACUCGAUGCUUGCUUUAUUUUAACCAUCUUUUAUUGUUAUUUUAGAAGGAAACUAGCUUUAGUAGUGGAUUGCCUUGUACGUCUUCUCCUUUUGCUCUUAAUAUGCCAUGAUGUGUAUGUGAUUAGUUUUCAAGGUUCAUCAUGACUUGAAGUGCAAGGACAGAUCUCAGUUUGUUUACCAAGCGAUGUGACUUUUUCCAAAGGAUCUGUACUUUAUUUCCUUUGUAACAGCUUGAAAACAUUAUUUUUUAAAUCUUUAAAUCACUGUGUCUAGGUAAUUUUUACAUUGUGUGCCAUAGAACUUACCCAUGGAGAAAUAGAGCUCCUUCAUUUUUGGACAACUACUGUAAUGAAUUUUUUAAGAAAAAUGGAAGGUGCCAGGGGUAAUUAUGGCCAGUCAACAAUUAUAUACAGGACUUCAAAUACUAUAGCUGUCAGUUGAUGGAUUUGAUAUGUAGUAAAUGUAUGACUUUGUAUGGGUUUCUUAGCCCUUUCUCUGCCACUAGCAACCAGAAAAGCACUUUACCUUUUGGUUGGUUAGAUAAGUGGCUGACUACCUGUUUUUCUCACUGUGGUGUGAUUGGCUAAAUAACCUUCAUUUAAAACUGAAGUCACAUUAAAAACUCAUGUUUGGGUGUAAACUUCCAAUAUUUUGAUUCUUUGUUUCUGUUUUCAUUCUAUGCUGAGUAAAAGUGCCUUACAAUGUAAAAAUUGUACAGUACUUGUGUUCCCAAGUAGCAUCUUCAUCACCUGGCUAGUAAUUACAUUGUGGUAUUAAUAUUUAGAUAAAUGGACCUCAGCAGUGUAUUUACUGUACAUCUCUUAAGUCCUUAACUGUAGUUUUAAUAAGCAUGACAUUAUUUGGUAAAUAUAUGGCAUUUACAUCAUUUCCAAAAAUACUGCCAUGGCUGUCUUAUGCGUAUUUUAGCCUGAAAUUUUGAUGCGUCUUUUUUCCUGUUUUUUCUUUGUUUUACUCUUUUUUGUCAUUAUUAAUAUUAAAACGUGUAAUCUUUGCAAGCGUAUAUUGAAGAUUAUUCUGGUGCGUUUAUUGCCUUACCAGAAAAGUUAGUAGGAAAUGUUCUUUAGAGUAGAAGGGUAGACUUGAGUUUCUAUACUUUAAUAAGUUCCUGGGGGGAGGGGGUGUUUUACUUUCAUCUCAUUGUUUAAAAACCCACACCUGAAGUAAAUUUCAUUUCAAGGAUCAGCAGUUUCAAACUUGAGGUGGUACUUGUUCAGUAUACACUACUCAAGAUACUAACAGAACAACGUGAUCUGCUAUUGAAUCGAAUCUAUGUACUUGAACAAAUGUGUGAAUCUCAAAUAUCUCAAAGCAAAAGUGUUGUAGAAUGUUGUUGCUUUUUGAAAAAGCACUGAAGUUAGACCAAGGCACAGUUUUGUUUUAACAGACAUUUAAGUUAAUUGUAAAGAUAAGGAAUGCUUCAUGGGUCAAAAAUCAAACAUUCCUCACAUGUUAUGUAUAUUUUGUUUCUGUUAUAUUGGCUUUAUUUUCAAAAUUGUAGUUUGUAGUAUUAGUUUCCUUUUAUUGGUAUUCUCGCAUAUCCGUUCAAUAAAUAAGUUCUGA